GACGAGGAAGCAACGAUCAGAAGGUUUUUCCAACACAUCCUUGAAGUGAAGCCGAAUGUGAUUGUAACUUAUAACGGAGACUUCUUCGAUUGGCCUUUUGUCGAAGCAAGAGCUCGCAUCCGUGGUAUAGAUAUGGAGGAUGAGAUCGGCUUUGCAAAAGAUUCAGCGGAUGAGUUCAAGAGCAGAAAUUGCAUACAUAUGGAUGCCUUCAGAUGGGUGAAACGAGACUCGUAUCUUCCUGUCGGUAGUCAAAAUUUGAAAGCUGUCGCCAAAGCUAAGCUGCGUUAUGAUCCUGUCGAAGUGGAUCCAGAAGAAAUGUGUAAAAUGGCUAGAGAAGAUCCUCAGAGUCUUGCGAAUUAUUCGGUUUCUGAUGCUGUUGCAACCUACUAUCUCUACAUGAAAUAUGUCCACCCCUUUGUUUUUGCGCUGUGUACGAUUAUUCCGCUUGGACCGGAUGAUGUCCUUCGCAAAGGCUCGGGCACGCUAUGUGAAGCACUGCUUAUGGUCGAAGCUUUCCACAACAAUAUCAUCUUUCCAAACAAAUUCACCGGAGACGGGGAGGCAAAAAUGACGAAGGAUGGUCAUCGGUUCCGACUCUCGCCGGCAGCUUUGAAAACUCUCAGAGACUCUGUUCCGGAUACUAUCGAAAAAGAACUCAUUCGAGAAUUUGGCAUACCACUCGAAAAUGUAGUAGACUUUGAGGAAAGAGAAGUGUUUGACCAUCUACUUGCCAUUCCCGCAAGAAUGGAAAACCCGCGAAUCUACCACUUAGAUGUUGGAGCAAUGUAUCCGAAUAUCAUCCUCACCAAU